AUAGUUUCUAAAGGUGUGGCAGUUGUAAUGAGCGUGCUGAACGGAAGUACAAAGACUAAUGGUAAUACAAAUCUCUUAAGAGAAAAGAAGGAAAUCCAAAAAAUUUGGAAUGGCCUUACAAUUAACAACAGUUGGGAAAAUUUUGUCAUCGGCAUUCCACGGUCAUUUUCAGCAUUAGAAAAACUACUGGUGGAGUCUCUGAAUUAUUCGCCUCUGUCAACCUACAGCGAAGGAAGAGCACCCAGUGCUAUAGAAACUAAAACGAGGACAAGUUCUGAAAGUGCAACGAAUGACUUGACUGUACGUUCAGCAGACUUUUUAAUGAAAGCUAGCAGCACAUCAGGACUCAAGUCUCAUCUGGUUAAAGUUGUUACUGAAGCUCACAAAGCUCUUGAAAAUGCUGCUAAAAGUAUGGAACUGAUUCGCGCGAAUGCCGCAGAAAUACCAAAAGUUGUAGAAUCAAUCUUAAAUACUCUCAGCAAGCCAAAAACUGAAACUUUGGAAAAACACUUGAAUGCCAGAUUCAAAAAAUUACACAAACUUAUUGAAAACUGUGCCCGACCAGCAUUCUCGCUAGAAUCUAAUUCCUUGCACUUGAGUGAACUAUGCGAUGGAAAAAAUGUCAGAGUUGGAAGAACAGGAUUUAUGCUUCUGCUUGAAGUAAAAGGAUUUUUUGAGAGAAUUACGCAAUUCUUCUUAGAAGUGAGCAAACUAGUCGAAUUUACAUUAGAUACUUCUGCAAAUACACUAAUUGGUACCAUUGGUGAAGAAGUAGACUUGAUGUUAACACGCCCAAAAUAUUCUCUAAAACCAAAGUCGGUUAAAGAGAUUUAUCGCACUUCUCUCUCUGUAGUUGUAUACUCUCUCGUAUUACGACAGAUUGGUUCUUCAUAUUGCUAUUUCACGAAUAACUUCAUGUUACCGCAAACUAAUACACUUUUCCAGUAUCCUUUUGUCAGCAACAGCGAAGUUGAGUUGAAGAAAAAAAAGACGGAAUUUCAUAUUUUGAAUUCAAAUUGUAGAAAGGAGAUCGACAAAAUCUUCAAUACUGAUAGAACAGCAGCUAAACGAAUUUCAGUGUUGGAAAUUGAUUUUGGUUUAAAUUUACACCUUAGUGAUGUGGGUACUGAAGUUAAUGAACCUUUGCUGACAAUCGCAAACUUCGCUGCGCCAGUAGAUCUUAGCGUUGUCAAAGCAUCUGCAACCGAUAAUGUUAAAAACCGUGUAAAUAGUUUUGUAACUCGACUACUUGGAAAAGUUGGCACAACUGGCACAGAACGAUCUACAGUUUAA